UCACCCCUAUCUUCUUAAUUCUUAGUGAAUCAACUAGCUGUUAUUACUUUGACUGGAAGCAAUUUCCAUUAUUGGGCAUGCAACGUGUAGAUGUUCAAUAACAAAGUAGGUGUGGUAGAUCCUGAGGUUAUUGUCAAUGUCGUUUGGUGAUCUUUCAAUUUCAUUUCUGAAACAAGCAAAAUCUUUAUUUUUAGGCCCCGUUUAGUAUCGAUUUGUUGUUGUUGUGGUUGCAGUGGUGUUGUGUAAACAGAUGUACAACCACAACAGGAAAAUAAUAGAAAACACAAACCUGUUUAGUUGAUAAUCUGAAAAAUAAUGAAAGCAGACAACAAGAAACAAAAACGCGUUCAAUUACUACUAUUAGAAUUAAAAACCAGAAAAGAGAGGAGGUGGCGGCGGGGGAAAGGAUUCGAAGUCGGCGACGGGAAUCGAGAGGAGGAGGCGGCAGGGGUUGCGAGGUCGGGCGACAGGGGAAAGGGAGGCGGCGGAGGCAAAGGGACGAAAUCGACGACGAGGGGGAGAUGGACGAUAUCGGCGGCCUGGGUCUCGAGAGGAAGAAGUUGAGAGAGGGAGGGAGCUGUUGGGCGGCGGGUUUGGGAGAAAAUGAGGGUAGGGUUGGCCGACUAUGGUUUGGAGGUGGGUUUGGGAGUUUAAAAAAAAAAGGGAAAUUUGUUGCUUUAGGUGGGAUUCGAAUUGAGGGUUGUUUUAAUGAAAACAAACGGGAAUCCCGUGUAAAACAUGUACAAGAAUCAAAUUCAAAGCAAUAAAUUGUUGUUUCUCAAAUUUGGGCCCUUUUGUGCAAAUCUGAUUCACAACAAAAAAUAGAAACCCAACUAAACAUGGUUUUUUUUCUUGGUUUCUCCAAUCUUGAAAAACACAACAAAAAACAAAAACAUGCAACAAUACUAAACGGGGAGUUGUAUUUAUCCCCCUAAAAUGUGUGUGGUGAUUCCAUUUUUUUGUAGUUGAGUUUUGAAAGGAUUUAAAAAAAACACUCAAUUGUUUUUCUAAUAAUUCUCUAAAGGUUUCUUACAUGUUUUUUUUUUCUUUCAAAAACUAGUGCAGAGUCAAACUAGCUCAGUUAUUAUCGUAACAAGAAUCAAAUUCGUGUUUUAUAAAGAUAUGAAUGAGGGCUUUUCCUAUAUGUAUAUGCUCUUAGCUCCUCUCGAUGAAACCUCUUACCUUGAUUUUAAAGCGCUGUUUGUAGCUACUGUUUUUCAAUAGAUAUGAGAGCUCAUUUUUACAGUAAUUAUAAAAAAUAUUUGUUCCGAGAAGAAAGGAAUGGCGGAGUUCAUAUACGUAUUAUUGUAUUAUUUGUAGAAGUCGAAUAAUUUUGUCUCUCUCUAACUGUUAGGAGGAGUCGUAGAGUUUGACAAAAAUUAAUGUAUACAAUAAAUAAAGGGGAAUUAAGGAAUAAGAUGGGAGGAGAAAGGACGUGUGUUUUGUUUAUCAUGCAAUGCAUCUUCUUCUGCUACUUGCCAGCUAUAAAUAAAUAAUUAAGUAAUUAAAAAUACAACAACCUUUGAAUUUUGAAGGGAAGAGUAGUACAUGGAAUGGAAGGGGACAAAUUCAAUUAGAUUCUUAAUUAACUAACUAAUUUGACGUUCUUUGAACACUGUAUGAAUUUUUGGACCGGCCGUCCAAAAACGUCUACUCCUACUACAUACGCACUGCAGUGUUCUAACUUCUAAUUAAGCUGUAACCACCUUAACAGCGACAUUUGUUCCUUGUUUUAUUAAAAUCCGGAUAAGAGAAACUAAUUUGAAUUUUUUCCCCCUAUAAUUCUUAUGGAAUUAUUAUAGAGACACGUACUACACCACACCAAAAUUGGACAAGUUAAUGCAUCAAACGAACUUUUCAUAACAGAAAUAAGACGCUGAGAUUUGAACCUGAGAUCUCCAGUCCAAAACCAAAGAGAAAUGCUCUGCUAGACCAAAUUUUCAUUCACGCUCUCAUCUCUCAUCCUCGUAACCACUUCUUAAUUAAAUAAUUAACAUGAAAUCAAAUACAUAUAAUGAAUAAUUCUCUAUCUCCCCCCUACAAGUGAAAUAAUUUUACGAACAACAAGACAUGGUUCAUCAAUAGCUAUUACUUAUAUUAGCUAGGGGUGUUCAAAUGGUUACCAUGGUUAUUAUCAAACCAAAUAAGCCUAAAUUUUAUUAACCAUGGAAUGCAAUAUCAUAACCAAACCGUCCAAACUAAUACAACAACCAAAUUAACCAAACUAAAGUUUAAUCGAGUUGGUUAAUUGGUUAACCAGAUUAACCAAUAUAAAAUAAUAUUAUCAUCAAGUGAUAAAAAUUUCGGUUAAUUUAUCAAUUCACAAUUUAUAUAAUGAAUAAAACAUAACAAU